AUGGCGGCGCACAUGUCGAGGUGUAGAACCUGGAGUCGCGUUCAAAGGUUUGGCAUCGCGGCUUACAGGAGGUACAGCAGCGGCAGCGGGUACCCAAACAUCUCCCUCUCCUCGCCGCUGCCCGGCAUCCCCAAGCCGGUGUUUGCCUCCGUGGACGGCCAGGAGAAAUACGAGACCAAGAUAACUACUCUGGAAAAUGGCCUUAAAGUUGCCUCCCAAAACAAGUUCGGUCAGUUCUGCACAGUUGGAGUGUUAGUAAAUUCUGGAUCCAGGCAUGAAACAAAGUAUCCGAGUGGAAUUGCACACUUCCUAGAGAAACUCGCCUUUUCUUCCACAGCUCAGUACGGGAGUAAAGAUGAAAUUCUCCUCACACUUGAAAAGCACGGUGGCAUAUGUGACUGCCAAACCUCAAGAGAUACCACCAUGUAUGCUGUGUCUGCUGAGGUGAAGGGCCUAGACACGGUGGUCAGCCUUCUCUCUGACGCCGUGUUGCAGCCUCGCCUGCUAGAUGAAGAGAUUGAGAUGACCAGAAUGGCGGUGCGUUUUGAGUUAGAGGACCUAAACAUGAGGCCGGACCCUGAGCCUUUACUAACAGAGAUGAUCCAUGCUGCAGCGUAUCGAGGCAACACGGUCGGGCUGCCCCGUUUCUGCCCCGGGGACAACGUGGACAAGAUUGACAAGAAGGUGCUUCACAACUACCUGCGAAGCUAUUACUGUCCCGAGCGCAUGGUGCUGGCAGGAGUGGGCAUCGAGCAUGAGCAGCUGGUGGAGUGUGCUAGGAAGCACCUGCUGGAUGUCAGACCAGUGUGGGGAGAGAGCACACCCACCAACGUUGACCUCUCUGUGGCACAGUACACUGGUGGGAUCAUAAAGAUGGAGAAGGACAUGUCAGACGUGAGCCUCGGCCCGACGCCCAUCCCAGAGCUCACCCACAUCAUGAUUGGCCUGGAGAGCUGCUCCUUCUUGGAGGAUGACUUCAUCCCGUUCGCUGUGCUCAACAUGAUGAUGGGUGGAGGCGGGUCCUUCUCUGCAGGAGGACCAGGGAAGGGCAUGUUCACCCGCCUGUACCUGAACGUACUCAACAGACAUCACUGGAUGUACAACGCAACCUCCUACCAUCAUAGUUAUGAGGAUAGCGGUCUGCUGUGUAUCCAUGCCAGUGCAGACCCCAGACAGGUGCGGGAAAUGGUGGAGAUAAUAACCAGAGAGUUCAUUCAGAUGGCUGGCACAGCAGGAGAGAUGGAGUUGGAAAGGGCCAAGACGCAGCUUAAGUCUAUGCUGAUGAUGAACUUGGAGUCGCGGCCGGUCAUCUUUGAAGAUGUUGGCCGCCAGGUUCUCUCCACAGGAAAAAGAAAACUGCCACAUGAACUCUGCACACUCAUCAGCAACGUGACAGCCAGUGACAUCAAGAGGGUCACCACCAAGAUGCUGCGCAGCAAGCCUGCAGUAGCGGCUCUGGGCGACCUGACAGAGCUGCCCUCGUACGAACACAUCCAGGCUGCCUUGUCCAGCAAGGACGGACGUCUGCCCCGCAUGUAUCGCCUGUUCCGAUAGACCUCCACGCCCCUUUUCCUCUUAUUUAACCAGUCAGCACUGACAAACAUCACUGUAAAUAAACUGGACUGAGACAGACACUGAAGCUUACACUAGUGUUCCCUCCUGAUGCAGAGCUUCACAAGGCUUUCGGAGGGGACUAUGUCCAGGAUUUCAGCUGAACUCGCUGAGAUUGGUGAUUUUAAAGAAAAUUACAUUUUACUGUGUACUAGCCUUGAUAUUUUCAGUUGGAGUAUCUGUAUUUCCGGUUCUCUUGCGGGAACACCCGCAUCAUUUCCUGCUGGAAUGGUUUGCACAAAUUUGGUUUUAAAGGGAUAGUUGAAACCCAAAAGUAUUCAUUUCACAGAAACAAUCUCCAACCACAGCAGUUUGGUUUGUAUACAGGGAUGAAUGUGAUACUAAAAUGUGAAAUGAUCUUCAAAGGGAAUCAGCAGUUUGGGUUCCCUCUUACUUCUGGUCAGCAGGCUUGUUUUUGUGUGUUUGAAGACGCAGAUGUGUUUGCACCAUUUAUUGACCCAUUUUUUUCCUCAGUUGUUAGACCCUCAGCUGAUGUUAUUCAAAUGACAGCACUUCAGCGCCUCUCUUCUAGGCAGAGGAGGCGCAUUUUACAUCCUGCACUGCAACCAAAUAUUAGUACAGGAACCACAGGGAAUGUUUGUUUGGACUGACCAACCUUGCAACUAUUGCCCAUUUGUCUUUACUUAUCAAAAGUGAAGCAAUGUGGUUUCUGUUAUCUGUGUUUCUCUCACAUGCAAUAGAAGGAGGUUCUAUCCUCAGGUCAAACCUUACAUCCUGUUGUGUUUCUGUAUUUGUGUUACCACGUGGUUCUGUUGAUGUCCUUGCAUACAUGUGUAUUUCAUGUCAUUUCAAUGGCCCCUUACCACAGUGAUUAUAUUGGCCGAGAACCUUCAUGUCUGUCAACUUGUGCAAGCCAGCCGGUAAAUGUAAUUAUUAUCAUAAAUAAAAGAAAUAUAUUUUAAAAAGGU